CCCUAAAAUUGAAAUGGGGAGCCUAUACCUCUGUCAUCAGCCAAACCCUCUCGCACUCAAACCAAAUCAACUUCUAACAUCAAACCCAUGUCGAUUUCUUCAUCACGUUGCAGCAACACCUCUCCACCUCCAAACUCGCCGCUUCCAGCAGCUCCGGGUCGACUCACCGCCGGCAGCUCAGCGCCGAACAUCGGAUGUCCACGGCGGCGAGCUUGGCUCGGAUGUUCUUGACUCUCUUGCCGGAACUCGAGCUGCGCUCGAUGCAGAUUCCGCAGGGGAAAAAAUAGCUGUGCUGGUUAUUGGAGGAGGGGGAAGGGAGCAUGCUCUUUGUUAUGCCCUGAAGCGAUCUCCAUCCUGUGUUUCUGUUCUUUGUGCUCCUGGGAAUGCCGGAAUUUCUGACUCGGGUGAUGCGACUUGUAUAGAAGAUCUCGACAUCUCUGACAACUCAGCGGUGAUUGCCUUUUGCCGUGAAAGAUCUAUUGGAUUGGUUGUAGUGGGACCAGAGGCCCCUCUUGUAGCUGGUCUGGCUAAUGAUCUUGUGAAGGCUGGGAUUCCUACUUUUGGCCCUUCUUCAGAAGCCGCCGUCUUAGAAGGUUCUAAGGACUUCAUGAAACGGCUAUGUGACAAAUACGAUAUCCCGACUGCCAAGUAUCAAACUUUUACCGAUCCAUCCGCUGCAAAAGCAUAUAUUGAAGCACAAGGUGUUCCCAUUGUUGUUAAAGCUGAUGGCUUGGCAGCUGGAAAAGGUGUUAUUGUUGCUAUGACAAUCGAUGAAGCAUUUGAUGCAGUUGAUUCUAUGCUUGUGGAAAAUGUUUUUGGCUCUGCUGGGUGUCGUGUCAUAGUUGAAGAAUUUCUGGAAGGAGAGGAGGCAUCGUUCUUUGCUCUAGUCGACGGGGAGUGUGCUGUACCUCUAGAAUCUGCUCAGGACCAUAAACGAGUAGGCGAUGGUGACACUGGGCCUAAUACUGGUGGCAUGGGGGCAUACUCUCCAGCCCCUGUCCUAACAAAAGAACUAGAAUCUGUUGUCAUGAAAUCCAUAAUUCUUCCUACUGUCAAGGGAAUGGCUGCAGAAGGCCGCAAGUUUGUUGGAGUUCUGUAUGCCGGGCUAAUGAUUGAGAAGAAAUCUGGAUUACCGAAGCUGAUUGAGUACAAUGUCCGCUUUGGAGAUCCCGAGUGCCAGGUGUUGAUGGUUCGAUUGGAGUCGGAUCUGGCACAAGUAUUACUUUCAGCAAGCAAAGGAGAGCUAAGUGGUGUAUCUCUGGAAUGGUCUCCUGGAUCCGCGAUGAUUGUUGUAAUGGCAAGUGAGGGUUACCCGGGAAGCUACAAAAAGGGCACAGUGAUACAAAAUCUCAAGGCAGCAGAGGAAGUCGCUCCAAGUGUAAAGAUUUUCCAUGCUGGAACAGCCCUCAACUCUGAUGGGAACUUCAUUGCUACAGGUGGGCGUGUUCUUGGUGUCACUGCUAAAGGGAAGGAUCUUGAAGAGGCCAGAGAUCGAGCAUACCAAGCCGUGGAGCAAGUAAAUUGGCCAGGUGGGUUCUUCAGACGAGAUAUUGGCUGGAGAGCUCUCGCCCGGAAACGAUCUGUUGCAAAUUUAUGACAUUUAUAUCUGACAUCUCUCCCUUCCAUUUGAUAUAUGUUGGGUUUCUUAAUGUUAUGGUUGGGUCUAAGCAGAGCAUUUCUCAUAUUGUUUUGGGAUGUAAGAAUUUUGUAGUGUAUACUUCUCUUAAUGUUUUGGGUCUAAAGCAACAUAUCUCAAGUCUCAUUUGUUUGGGAUGUAAGAAUUUUGUAGUGUUUUUUUAUGUAAUGACUUGUACAUCACAUUGCCAAUGAAUUUGUAGUGUUUUCCUCUC